AUGGAAAAGAAACAAGAAAGUGGAAAUACCUCAAAUUGCUCUGACUCUGACGAUGAUUCUGAUAAAAGGGGAGGCCUUAUUGAACCAGAUAGUAUUACAUCAAGUGACGAUGAUGAAGUGUUCAUAAAAGACAUGAUAAAUAUUGAUCGAAAGAUCUCCCGAUCCAAUUACAUAGAUGGCGAACCAAUUAAUUCCUUGGCAAGAAAAUGCCAUGAAUGCGAUAAAGUUUUUAAAAAUUUGUCCUCAUUAUAUGCUCACAAACGUUUUGUCCAUAUCAGUGAAGAUAUGUACAGCGUCUGUGUCCAUUGUGGCAAACGUUACAAACGUAGCAAAGAUUUACGAAAUCAUAUGACACAAAUACAUCGAGAGGAAAUGCAUAAGAAUUGUGGUGAUGCCGUUCAGGAUGAUCAUAUAAGGACGACUGAUGUUUCCAGUAAACGAUUUAUGUGUCCGCAAUGUGAUUAUGCAACAACAACUUCAACACAUUUAAAAUUACACAUAAGACGACAUCAUACCGGUGAAAAGCCCUAUGUUUGUGAAAUAUGUGGUAAUUCAUUCAUCACCUCAUAUGAUUUGAAAAAGCAUCGUUAUUUACACACGGGAGAAAAACCCUACAAAUGUACAGUGUGUCCGAAAACGUUUCGUGUCAGUUCCAAGUUAAAGAAACAUCAACGUGUACAUACCGGUGAAAGACCCUUUAAAUGUACGGAAUGUGGAAAAGGUUUUACACAGGAAUAUAAUUUGUCGGUACAUAAGCGCACCCAUACGGGAGAAAAACCAUACAAAUGUCCAUUGUGUCCGAAGGCGUUUCGUGUCAGCGCAAAGUUGAGGAAACAUAAACUUGUCCAUACAGGAGAAAGACCCUAUAAGUGCACAGAAUGUGGAAAAGGAUUUACACAGGCAUAUAAUUUAACGGUGCAUAAACGUACCCAUUUAAAAGAACAAACAAGUUACCCAGAUAGUGUGUUAAAUGAAAAACUACAUUCCGACGACGAUGGAUCUUUGAAUGAUAGUAAGUCAAUGAAGACCGAAGAUGAUCCAACACAUAAUCCUUUAGAGUGUGGGACAAGAAAAGCUUCAACAAAAGAAAUAUCGCUCAACAAUAGUAAUAAAUAUACACUUAUGGAUCAUGUCAAACGUAAACAUGAACCGGAUGCCAAUAAUCCACCGAAAUAG